GCAGCAGAAGGAGCGUCAUCAGCAUCAGGAAGAAAGCAUCCCUGGCGAGUGGGAUUUUCCGGAUGUAGAAGGGACCGGUCAAGGCAAUCGAGGGUACGAUAACGGUAGAAAUGAACCAUACAGCACCAACUAACUCGCCAAUUGCCAGCUCUGGACUUCCGGAAGCCAUCGAGGCCCAUAUUGAGAAGAGGGCUGGGCCGCAGUUUCCCGACGCAAGCAAUGUCACUCUGGCUAGAGUAUCGCUCGAAUUCAGAACUCUCGCGAUGAAGCUCAGGUUCACGGGGGAGAAGCUCUCGGCGCAUAUGCUCGCGACAGCGGAGAAUCGAAUGGACGUUCAAGUGGGAAUGGCCGCAGAACGAUGGGUUAAAUGAAACCAGCGGGAUUCGAGCUGUUCAAAUCUAACUAGUAUCGUGUGCUGCGGGCUGGGUC